AGCACUUAAUGUUUCGAGUUAUUUUGUAAGGUCUUUAAAAUAUUCCGGGUUUUACGUUACCUUUAAUUACGGCCAAUGGAGUGCACCGACCAUUUCCGAGUGUUGUGAAAGCUGUUGGAAAUAGUGUGCUGCUGAUGGCCGAUUUAAAAUGCUAUUUGGUCGCGGUUGUUGAAGAAGACGGUGAGAUUAAAAAGACUGAAGAAAUACUAUAUCGCUGAACAUGCCCACCAACAGCCAGGCAAAUACCGCUUCGGCACCAGAGGGCAGCGGAACACCGGCUGUCAAUGGAGCACCAUCGGGCAGCGGAGCACCAUCGGGCAACGGAGCACCGGCCGCCGGUGACGCGCCGGCCGUCCCCAAACCUGGCUGCUGCGGUGACCACGGGCCAACCGCAUGCAUCGGGGGACUAUGGACCUCCCGUGAAAUGACUGACAUGGAGGACCGUGAAAUUGUUGUUCGCACCAACCUGCGCGAGCUGAUCGUCUACCUAGUGUUCCUGGCGGUCGUCAGCAUCCUGGCUGUGAGCACAACUUCACCUACCAUGUUCUACUUCACAAAAGCUCUGUCCGAGCUCUUUUGGACGCCUCUUUUGCCGACUCCGAUGGGAAUUUCAAGGAAUCGACUCAAAUACUGGAUUUUUGGAGAGUAA